CUGCUCAAAUUGACAUUCUUUAAAACACCAAAAGUUAUUAAUUUAAGGUUGAAAUGAAAGGUAUAUAUAAAGAAUGAGGCCAAGCAGAUAAUUUUCCGCUAAAUACCUGUAAAUAUUGUCCGGUGUCAGUUGAAAUUAAGAACCGUAUAACUAGCGUUGCGGUUGACGCGUAUCGAUUUCUCGUGCAUUCCGUUGACCAAUAGUAAUAGGAGUUACGAAUACGGAGUCUGGUUGAAAAUGCUCGGAAAUCCAAUAAUGGAAUCAAUAGUAAACAAGUCCAAAAUGGCUUGGUUUCAAAACAUUGUCCUGGCAUUCUUUACAGUGGUGUUCUCCCAACUGGUUAAUGAAAUAGUAAGUGGGCAAUCAGUUGUGGAAUAUUCGGAUGACAAUAAACAAUGCACAUAUUUUGAGAAAAACCGCUAUGCCAAAGUGGAACACGGCCUCUCCAACUGCUCCUGGUACAUUCCCGAGACGUGCUGUAAGCGGACAGAAGUAACCUCAGUAUUUUCCUCCAACAUGAUGCCGCUAGAUCACGCCAGUCUAGACUGUAGAAAUAGGAUGAACUAUAUGAUGUGCUUCUUCUGCAGCCCUGAUCAGGAUCAGUGGUACAAGGAUGGCAAGGUGCAUGUGUGUGAGGACUUCUGCAAUUCUGUGUAUACUGAAUGCAAGCCUGCUCAUUAUGAUGGCCAUAAGAUAGGUGACCAAUACAGGAAUGGAACAGCAUUUUGUGAGGCCCAAAACUUUCAUGUAUCAAGGAGCAACAACUGUUUUAAGUUUGACCCGAGUGUAUUUGAUUCUGCGUCUUUGCUGAAGACUCCAUCAGUUUUUAAAUUCUGGUUAAUUGUACUGGUGUUUUCUGUGAUUAAAGUAUAGCAACAUACACAUGGUUAAAAUGCCAUAGCGGCGCCUACUCUCAGAUCCAUGUGCUGGGCAGGACUGGUGGCCCUGUUAUGGGGCUGUAAUAGCAUAAAUAAAACCAGUGCUCAAUGCUAAAUGUGUUGAAUUUGAAGAUAACGUAUAUUAAAAGAUACUUAAAUAAUAUUAAGUAUAUUUAACAUGUGAUAGAAAAUGGUUAUUCUAAGACCUUUACUGUGAACAGCUGUCAUGGCCUAAAAGUUUCACCAAAGUAUUAAUAUUUUUUUGGCUUAUGUUUAUACAACUAUGUACAUGUAAAAAUAGUUAUACUACACAUAUUAUGAAACAUUUGAAGCAUUUGAGUAAUCGCUUUUCUAGGUAUCAGUCUCAAACUCAUGAUGUUUGUCAUUAUGGAUCCAGGCCUUCCCCACAGACCUUGUCACAAAAAAACAACAUUUUUGUGUGAAAUGUAUUUUAUUAUUUUUUAUUACCAUUAUUUACAUCUUUGUUUAAUUUGUACAGACAAAAAUCUUAAGUUUAGAUUGAUCAAAACUGAUAUUAGGUAUAGUGUGAUGAUCUCAUGAUCGUUUUGUGUUGUUUUUAUUACUUUUGUGUGAACUGUUUCAGUCAUAAUGCUUUUUUGUUGCUUUUGAGUGAACUGUUACAUUUUGUUUAUUUUGUAAAAAGAAUGUUGAUCUUUUAUACAUAUUACUUAAAAUAUUAUUUUAUCACAUAAUUAUUUACUACAUUGUAUAUACAUGAAU